GGUGCUUAUUCUGCUCCUGGUCUGAACCUCUUGGCCAUGCCGUCAUCCCAGCAUGCCGAAAUACAGAUGAUUUGCUGCCGUGCGAACAGCUGAGCCAUAUUAACAUAUAUACCGACUGCUUGUUGCUAUCAUCGGGUGACGGGGCUCUCUGCGGGAGAAAAAGCAGCCUGGGCUCAAAUACAUGGAAUGACACGUCAGUACCUGUCAACACCCCGGAAACAAGAGAGCGCAGCUCUCUCGGGGGGAAGAGACUCCUCCGUGUUCUAUGAUGUCGCCUUCAUCCAGUCAGCAAUAGACACUCUAUGCAGCAGCAAACGAACAGAGUCAUCACCAGCACAAGCCAACUCAUCAAACAGCUCUCCGAUAUAAUCAGUGGCUCUUCACGGCAAGACCGUCUGCACCUGACCAGGCUAAAGACCGAACUCUCCGAGUCUGUGCAGCGCUAUGGGGAUCUGCAGAAGAAAAUUGCGGAGCGUUCAAGGGCCUUGCUCCCUCCGGCGCAGCAAGACAAGAAGAAGAGUCCGCAGACCCCGUUCACUGAGCAGAUGGACGAGGAUCCACUGUUUGGAGAGGCGGUGGGCACAGAGGACCUGGCUCAGGCGUUCCUGUCCGAGAUCAGCGAGGAGGACGUGGAGGUGCUCCGCCAAAGAGAGGAGGCCUUGCUGCAGAUCGAAAAAGACAUGCUGGACAUCAGUCAAAUCAUGAAGGAUCUGGCCAGCAUGGUCCACGAACAGGGCGACACCAUCGACAGCAUUGAAGACUACAUCCAGACGACAUCGUCCACCGUGGAAUCAGCCAAUCAGGAGCUUGCAAAGGCCAACCAGUACCAGAGGCAGCUGAGGAAGAGGAAGUGCUACCUCCUGGUGGCAGGAGCCAUCGCCCUCACCAUCCUCAUCAUCAUAAUUGCUGUUUCAGCAAGAAAAUGAGACUGGCCACUGAGGUAGCCGCUGUCAUUACCGUGUUGCCGUGGCGCUCUCUGCCCAGUCCGAUCCCUGACCUGAGCAGCUGGUUUUCCAGUAGGAGGGAUCUUUGCUGCAACAACAUGUCUAGUCCAUCAUCCCUGCCUCUGUUUACGUGUGCAUCAGGCCGGAGACGGAGGCCUUUCUCAGGUUACAGAUUGUUACCAGUGAGCCAGAGUCAGAUGUAAUCAUCAUUGUGCUUUUUUGUUUUUUUUUGGUCUGUGACUCAAAGAGUUAAAGUCAAACAUGUGAAUUCAGGAAUUCGCGAGCUGGGCUGUUUCAUGUCUCGGCUGUGUGUCCUGCUGAGGGUUGCUGUUGUAUAUAACUUUCAUCAGAAGAGCAGAUGAAGGUGAAACAGGAGAUUCAAGGUGCGACGAGGCCAACGUCAUCUCACAGAAACUAAAAUAUACAGGAACUCUUCAAUGAGCAUUAAGUGGUGGCGUCAUGUGUUCAAAAAAAGGUUUGCUUUGGGCUCCACAUCUAAAGGUUAUGAGGGGUAUAAUAUGAACAUACAUGUAACUUUACAAUAACUCAACGCACUGGUUGAAAGUCCCUUUUUACACAUUCCAUGCCACCUAAUCAUGUUCACGUAUUUCUGUGAGAUCGGACUUGAUGAGCCAGCUGUGAGCUCCGAUUAUUUUAUGCUUUAAAAAAUUUUUAGAACAGACUUCUUAUUUAUCGUAGUGUCAUUUAUUCAGGACUAUACUGUAGCGUUUGUUGAUAUUAGUAAAUAUUGUUUGACCGAAUACAUCUUCCCAAAUAAAGUUCUACAACAAACAGA